UGUAGCUGUCAGACUGGAUAUGGAUUUGGCAGUUUGCUGACCUCUGGUGGCAAGAUAGAGGACUGCAACAACACAAAUGAGAUGGGACUCUUCAGCUCACACUCCCUCUGUGGGCCUCUGCUCCGCUCCAGUCUGCCACACCUCGGCUCUCUGCUACUUAAAGCCUCAGAGCGGACUCACUUGUCCACAAUCAGCAGGAGCCGGUUUGAGAAGACACACUCGCCCAAAAUGAGUGACAGCAAGUCUGUGAUGAAGCGACACAUGGAGCAGGGCAACGCCAUGAAGGACGAGGAGAAGCUGUACCGCUACAAAGGCGUCCUGUACCCCUGCAUCAUCUGCCCCGAGGAAAACCUGAACGCCCUGGACUGUCUCAGAGCCAGGCCAGAGGACAUCAUGCUGGUGGCAUAUCCCAAAUGUGGUUUUAACUGGGUGGCGGGCGUGCUGCGUCAGCUCAUCGAGUUGGCGUCGGGAGUGAAACAGGACUCCAGCAGGCAUCCGCUUCUCGAGUUCUUUGGACCUGAUGGCAUCAAGAAUUUAGAAAAUGCUCCUUCACCAAGAUUAGUGGGCUUCCACAUGAAUGCGGACAACAUCCCUGCGACCUUCUAUCAAAACAAAACUAAGAUGCUGGUGAUUUUCAGAAACCCCAAAGACACUGCCGUCUCCUAUUACCAUUUCUUUAACAACAACCCGGUCCUGCCCUCCGUCAAGUCCUGGGACUCCUUCUUCGAAAGGUUCAUGUCUGGAGAGGUUCCAUGGGGCUCGUACUUUGACCACGCUUUGGCCUGGGAGAAGAAGAUGGACGACCCUAAUGUCAUGUUCAUAACCUAUGAAGAUCUCAAAAAGGAUCUAAGUGAAGGAGUGCGUCAGAUCUCCACGUUCUUUGGCUUCUCUCUGACUGACGCUCAGGUGGAGCAGGUCUCACAGGGGAGCACCUUCAACGCCAUGAAGAAGAAUUCAUCCCAAACCCACCAAAAAAUGGGCAGCGUCCUCUUCAGGAAAGGUGAAAUUGGAGACUGGAAGAACCACUUCUCUCCAGAGCAGAGUCAGCAGAUGGACGAGGCCUUCAAACAGAAACUGGAGGGAACCAAGAUCGGGGCUCUGCUCAAGUACCAGCUGUACUGUCAAUAGGACUCAAGAGCCUAGACAACUUUAUAAUACCUGCACCUUCAAUGGCCUUAAAAAAAAAAAGCAUUAAGAAUGAUUCAGGCUUAAUAACUAUAACUAUACAGUUAAUCCCCUCACUUUUCACCCUGACCCUUUAAUUCAAUUCAGUUCAUUUUGAUUCCAGUGUACAAUAAACAUUUAUGUUUUUAAAAGCCAGAUCAGUGUCUCCACAUGUUGGACUGAUAUCAUAUUGUACUGAAUCUUAUAUUUGUGAGUGACAUUAUUAUUUCAUUGUCUGAUUUGUUCAGCCUGCAAAUAAAACAUUCUUAGUACAUCUUGCAGAGUGUUCACUCGUGUAGUAACAAACAUCUCAGUUACACUCGUCCAUCAGGGCUUUUUCAAAAACACCCACAGA